AUGUUGGUGGCUAAAAGUAUAUCGGAAUUCAAUUUAAUGAGAAAACAAUUAUUGGGUUCGGGAGGAAACAAGUUGAUUGGGUUUGUUCCGACCAUGGGAAAUUUACAUGAUGGACACUUGGAGUUGAUGAAGACUGCCAAACGGCAUUCCGAUAUUGUGGUGACAUCUGUUUUUGUGAAUCCAGCACAAUUCGCUGCUCAUGAAGAUUUUGACAAGUAUCCCAGAACUCUCGAAAAUGACUUAAAAAAGAUGAAAGAAAUUGGUGUUGAUUUGGUUCUUGCUCCACAAAAUAUUACUGAAAUUUAUCCAAAAGAAUACAUGACACGAGUAUUUAUGAGUAAUAUUUCAACUCAAACAGCAGCAGAGACACAUCCAUUAAGAAAUACCCCUUCCAGUCAAGAAUCGAAGAAGACAUUUAUUAAUUGGUUGGAAGAUCAACCAGAGGCACAAUGCCGCCCUGGAUUUUUCGAUGGAGUAUCAACCAUUCUUGUAAAAUUGUUUAAUAUUGUGAGACCACAAGUAGUUGUGUUUGGACAAAAAGAUGCUGUUCAAUGCAUGGUAGUGAAACAAGUGGUGAGAGACUUAAAUUAUGUGGACAUUGAAAAAGUGAUUAUUGGUGAAACAGCUCGUGAGAAGGAUGGGUUGGCAAUGUCUUCUAGAAAUCAAUAUUUAUCACCUGUGGAUCGUACAUUUAUUGCACCAAUUUUGAACCAAACACUUCGAAGGGCAGAAGAAGAAUUCUCAAAAUUAACAACAAAUUCAUCCAAACCAUUAACGAAUGAAAUGUUGAGAAGGUGGUUGGAGGAUUCAUAUGAAUAUUUGGAGCAAUUAUUUAACAAGAAUUUGAAAGAACAACAUUCUGGACAAGAUCUUUCAUCAAUAGAUUCAUCAAAAUAUAGAAUUGACUAUUUGAGUAUUUGUGACUGGGAGAAUGGCCACGUUUAUGGCACCAUCUCAACCAAUAAGGAAUACCACAUUCCAAACUUCAACAUUGAAAGUAUGGAGCCAGGUAGAGAACUAUGUCUUUCAGGAACGAUUAGGGUUGGAGGCACCAGAUUACUUGACAAUCUCAUCCUUAAAAAAGCGCAGAAUUAA